UGGUUAAUCCUAAGCCAAGGGAUUUGCACCAUUCAAGGGGUAGAACCGGAAACAAAAAACGCGGGAAGGUGGUUGGUGGCCGGUCGAGAUUAAAGGAUGUAAAGACAAGAUCUUUGGAGGAAGAUCCCGACUAGUUGGCGGUGGCGCGUUAUAGUCACGGACUAAAAACGUGAUAAUGGGUUGUGGCCGUAACUUCAGGAGCAUUGUACAUAGCCUAUGCUCACGUGGCAGCCACACAGGUCUUCGUCUUCUCCUCUAAUUUAUAUCUUUAUCACUCAAAUGCCAAAAUUGAAGUGGCAUAGCAUAGGGGAUCAUAGGCAUAGUGGUGGUUCUGGAUCAAUGUCAGCUCCCGAAUUGCGAUUGUAUAUUCAAGAUCACCAUGUAGUGAUGGAUAAUGGCAUAGUCCAAGUCACUCUAUCAAAGCCAGAUGGGAUUGUUACUGGCAUUCGUUAUAAUGGCAUCGACAAUCUGCUUGAAACUCUUAACAAUGAGUCUAACAGAGGGUACUGGGAUGUUGUGUGGAAUGCAAAUGAUGGUGGGAGAGCUGGAAUAUUUGAAGUGAUUAAAGCAACAAAUUUUAGAGUAAUAAAGCAAGAUGAGGAACAAGUUGAGCUAUCAUUUGCGAGGCCAUGGGAUCCUUCCUUUCAGGGAAAGCUUGUUCCACUAAACAUAGAUAAAAGGUUUGUUUUGCUCCGUGGUUCGUCUGGUUUCUAUACAUAUGCCAUUUAUGAGCAUGUUGGUUCUCCAGAAUGGCCUGCUUUCAGUCUUGGUGAAACCAGGGUAGCAUUCAAGCUCAGGAAAGACAAAUUUCAAUACAUGGCUGUGGCGGACGAUAGGCAAAGGCUUAUGCCCCUACCAGAUGACCGGUUGCGUGGCAGAUGCCAGCCCCUUGCUUACCAAGAAGCAGUUCUGCUUGUCAACCCCGUCAAUCCAGAAUUAAGAGGAGAAGUAGAUGACAAGUACCAAUAUUCAUGUGAUAACAAGGAUAAUAAGGUACAUGGAUGGAUAUCUAUGAACCCACCUGUUGGCUUCUGGCAAAUCACACCCAGUGAUGAGUUUCGAUCUGGUGGGCCUGUCAAACAGAACCUUACGUCACAUGUUGGUCCCACAACCCUUGCGGUGUUCCUUGGUUCUCAUUAUGCUGGAGACGAGUUAACUCCAAAAUUUGGACAAGGCGAGCCAUGGAAGAAAGUUUUUGGCCCAAUUUUCAUUUAUCUCAACUCUGUAAGGCGCGUUGAAGAUGCCCUAACUUUAUGGGGGGACGCGAAACGGCAGAUGCUGGUAGAGGUACAAAGCUGGCCAUACAGUUUUCCAGAAUCAAAGGAUUUCUUAUCAGCAGAUCAGCGGGGAAAUGUCAGUGGUAGACUAUUGGUCAGUGACAAGUAUGCCUGUAAUGAUCUUAUGCCUGCAAGUGGUGCAUACGUGGGAUUGGCCGCACAAGGAGAUGCUGGAUCAUGGCAAAAAGAAUGCAAGGGUUACCAAUUCUGGAGUAGAGCAAGUGAGGAUGGGUGUUUCUCCAUCAACAAUGUCCUACCCGGUGACUACGAUCUGUAUGCUUGGGUGCCUGGAUUCAUCGGAGACUAUCAGAAUGAAGCUUCCAUUACCAUAGCUUCAGGCUGUAGAAUUGAUGUCGGUGAAAUCGUUUACAAGCCUCCAAGGGAUGGCCCUACACUUUGGGAGAUAGGCAUCCCUGACCGUAGUGCUGCAGAGUUCUAUAUACCCGAUCCAAACCCAAAGUAUCUUAACCAGAUCUUUGUCAACCACCCCGAGAGGUUUAGGCAAUAUGGACUUUGGGAAAGAUACUCAGAGUUAUAUCCAAACGGAGAUCUCGUGUACAAAGUUGGCGAGAGUGACUAUUCAAAAGACUGGUUUUUUGCUCAAGUUACUAGCAUCAACCGGCGGUUCCAGUGAAGCAGCAGCAGUUCUAGUGAAGCAGGACACAAUCACGGUUCGCAGAGACGACGAAGCAGGGAGCCGACUACAAAUAUAAAUUGUCUGCAAAAUCUUAGACUACAAAAGCUUCUCUCUAUCAAGGAAAAAGGAAGAUGGUACAUAUGUAGGAACGACAUGGCAAAUCAAGUUCAGACUUGCUAAUGUCCAUCAAAAUGGAACCUACAAGCUGCGAGUGGCAAUUGCAUCUUCAACCCUUGCCGAAUUACAGGUUCGGGUUAAUAAUCCAAGUACAAAUCGACCGCUGUUUACGAGCAGAUUGUUUGGGAGGGAUAACUCCAUAGCGAGGCUUGGAAUCCAUGGUCUGUACUGGCUAUUCAAUGUGGAUAUACAAGGAAAUCUGCUGUCUGAAGGAGAGAAUACCAUUUACUUGACUCAGCCUAGAAAUCAAAGUCCCUUCCAAGGAAUUAUGUAUGACUAUAUUCGCUUAGAGGCUCCCAAGGUUUAGUCAAAUUAGAUUGCAGGAUUGUGCAAGUAGACCAUAAACUGAUAAACAGUAAACACCACACACACGUACUGGCUGAUAUAGAAAAGUUUCAUACGGACUUGGAGUAUGAUAUAUGCGAAUGCAUUAAAGCUAUUAAUGAAGUGAUCUGUUAAAUUACACUCCUCCAUGCCAAUAUGAAAAAAAGAAAAAAAUAGUGAACCUGUGGUUUGGAGACUUCCCAGUUCCAGUCCCAAAAUUUUGGAACCUGAGACCGAGUAACAUAGCCCACUCAUACCGGUUCUGGUCUUGAUCAGGAUCCGGAAACUUAGUCCCGUACGCGGUCCGAAGUCUGGUUUUCAUUGGGCACCGGUCACAACUCACAAGUCCAGGACUGAUAACCAGUUCACCCCUUUAUUAAUUUUGAUGUGUGUAUUUUUCUUAUGUCACACAUGUAUAAUGUAUUGGAAGACAAAGGGUGUGAGUUUUGAAGAUAAAUGCAAUGGAAGAAUUCUUAGGCUUUGUUCGGU